UCAUGCCCUGGAAAUAUGUUGAAGACCCCAAGCCCCACAAAAACCGGUAGCAAAAAACAGUUGCCUUUGGAAGCAUCUCCAGAUCCAGCAUCCAAGCCAGAGAGUAGCAAGUUGUCCAGCUCUCUGCUCACCGUUGAAAAUGUCAAAAAACACCAAGAGGAGAACCCUGUUGCCAAAUCAGAUCUUGCUCAGUGGUCAAUAGAAACUUAUAUUGAAGAAAGUAAUCGCUUUUUGAAUGAGAGCGGAACCAAGGCGGAGGGCAGCAGGGAGCAGGCGGUGGUGUCAGAGGAAGAGGAAUCCAGAGUUCUUCGUGAAGAUUUCCAGACAAGACCUCUGUCAGCUCCAGUUCCUGAAACGCAGUCACCCAAAAAACGGGAAGUUGCUGAUUUGGAGACUCAGACUGAGUGGAGCUACUCCGUCAGCUCUGAAGAGUCCAGUGAGCUGAAAACAGAGAAGGAGCAGCAGAGAAGUACAGACAGGAAAAAGAAAAGUGAGACCACAGAAGGCACAGAGACACUCGAUCAUGUAGAAGAGGAAGGAAUGUCCAAGAGUGAACUGGAGACUCCAGUCAAUCUGGGGAAAAAUAUUGAACGCCUUUGUGUCUUUGAGGAUCAUUCGGUCACCGAUCUGUGCCUGAUGGGCCGCUGUGAGUUUUGCACCUCCCUUGUGAAGCGUUUGCCGUCCCCGGAGGAGCUGGAGGAGAAGCCGGAGGCGAUGGAUCACUUUUUGUGUUGCAGGACCUACAAAGAGGUUUUCCGGUGGGUGAUACAGGACUUCCUGGAGAAGCCAGGCAGCGGAAUCGACAUCCGUCCCCACGCCCGACUCUCCCUUGGAGCGAUGGACAGCAAGACGAAAACGAUGCUGAUAGACGAAUUACACGAGCGAGGCUUUGAGAGAUACAGAGAGAUAUUUACGCAAUAUAUGAAGCUUGGCCCCUGCGUCAAAAUUCACUUCAGAUUAUCAGACUACCCACCCAAACCAGAAACCACCAUCCUCGAGAAACGGCACCCAGAACCCCAAGAGCUCCUGGAGAUGGACUUGGAAUUCAAAGCGGAGCAAUUGAAGCUUUGCCACCCUUUGGAGCCUGUGAAAAGAUACUACCAUGACGGCAAGAUAUUCUUCCUUCUUUUCCCGGAUGGAACAGGCCAAGUCUAUUACCCGUCCGGCCGCCUUGCCAUCCUCAUUACUUACCUGAGCGAGACCCAGUUCACCUACAGCGUCCUCGGGGACAACAGGGACCAGGAGCCUCUGGCCUUCUUCACCAACCGGGGCCACGCAGCCCAUUACCAGCCCAAAGGGAGGCUCAGGCUGCACCUGGACCUCUGCAACGGCUCUGUCUUCGACGGGAAAGGGCAGCGGCAGAAGUUCUGGAACUGGUGGGACACCGAGGGCCACGUCCACGCACCUCCUCUCCAGCCCAUCUGCCUCCCACUCAAUCUUUACAUCCAGGUUAAAAUUAAAGCCCAGGAUCAGGUCUUCCUCACCUUCACCAAGUUUCACCAUUGCCUCCACCUCAACGUUGGUGCACGGCUAAAAUUGAAGGAUCCAAGCAUGCUUUGGGUCCUUCAGCACUAUGGAACCACGGAGCACCUGGUGAGGCCGUCCGUGCUGGAGAAGAUCCGCAAAAUCUUGACCAACAUGAAGGAAGUAUUGAAGAAACUGGACUCUGACCCCUCAAAAGAAGCUGCAGACCUGCGUCCUGUGUUGAAGGUGUACAAAAGGAUGCGCCAACGACAGAAGAACGAGAAGAAGAAGCAACAAGGAGAGAGAAGUUAAGAUUGCAGGAGGCCAACCUCACACUUUAAGUAGUACGGAAACUACUAAGUUCGCUUCAUGUAGAAACCAUUAAAUCU